AUGGACGGUCCCGAGCCAGAAACCACACCCUUCGACGCCAUCUCACAACAAUCGAACAGAGCAUUAAGAAUCUACCAAAAGUACCUCGAUGCCUGCACACCCUACGUUCCCCACCGUUGGGGCGCCACCAUCCUGCUCUUCACAGCCUUCUUUGUGCGCAUCCUCGUUGUGCAAGGCUGGUAUAUUGUCGCUUACUGCCUCGGCAUCUACAUCCUGAACCUGUUUCUGGCCUUCCUGCAGCCCAAGUUCGACCCCUCGCUCGACUCGACCGAAGACGAGGGCCUCGAGGGCGGGCAGUCGAGCCUGCCCACAAAAGCGGACGAGGAGUUCCGCCCCUUCAUCAGAAGGCUGCCGGAGUUCAAGUUCUGGCACAGCGCCACAAGGGCUGUCAUCAUUAGCUUGUUCUGCACCUUCUUUGAGAUCUUCAACCUGCCCGUCUUCUGGCCUGUUUUGGUCAUGUACUGGUUGAUACUAUUCUCAUUGACGAUGCGCCGCCAAAUUCAGCACAUGAUCAAAUACCGCUACGUGCCCUUCUCCUUUGGCAAAGCGAAGUACGGCGCAAAGUAG